CCCAUGUCUAAAAGAUGGUUUCACCCACUCCUGCUCUAGAAUGCAUAAGGGCGCAACCACCGUGCGGCCGUGCGGGGGAGUCUCCCUUCCGGAUAUGACACUACGUUGACCCGGAAAAGGAGGAGGCUGGGGCAGCAGGAUCUCGACCGAGGCUAUGGAGGGAGCCGGCUACAGGGUGGUGUUCGAGAAAGGCGGCGUGUACCUGCACACCAGCGCCAAGAAGCACCAGGACCCGGACUCGCUCAUCGCGGGCGUCAUCCGUGUGGUGGAGAAGGACGGCGAUGUGCUGCUGCACUGGGCCCCCGUGGAGGAGGCCGGAGACUGCACGCAGAUCCUGUUCUCCAAGAAGGACUCCAGUGGGGGCGACUCCUGCGCCUCUGAGGAGGAGCCGACCUUUGACCCCGGCUAUGAACCUGACUGGGCCGUCAUCAGCACCGUGCGGCCGCGGGCCCGGCCAUCGGGGCCCCCGAGAGGUGCAGAGCCCGCCUCCUCCCAGGGCCCCUGGGCCUUCUCGGUGAGCCUGGGCGAGCUCAAGUCCAUUCGGCGGUCCAAGCCGGGCCUCAGCUGGGCCUACCUGGUCCUGGUGACCCAGGCCGGAGGCUCCCUGCCCGCCCUGCACUUCCACCGCGGGGGCACCCGGGCCCUGCUGCGCGUGCUCAGCCGCUACCUGCUGCUGGCCAGCUCCCCGCAGGACUCCCGCCUCUACCUCGUCUUCCCCCAUGACUCCUCCGCCCUCUCCAACUCCUUCCACCACCUGCAGCUCUUCGACCAGGACAGCUCCAACGUGGUGUCCCGCUUCCUCCAGGACCCCUACUCCACCACCUUCAGCAGCUUCUCCCGAGUGACCAACUUCUUCCGGGGAGCCCUGCAGCCACACCCCGAGGGGGCCUCCUCCUCAGACCUGCCUGCGCCCCCCGACGACGAGCCAGAGCCCGGGUUCGAGGUCAUCUCCUGUGUGGAACUGGGGCCACGGCCCGCCGUGGAGCGGGCUGCCCCCGUCACUGAGGAGGAGUGGGCCCGCCACGUGGGCCCUGAGGGCCGCCUGCUGCGGGUCCCCGAGCUGAAGAGCCGGAUUUUCUCCGGGGGUCUGAGCCCCGGGCUGCGGCGCGACGCCUGGAAGUUCCUGCUGGGCUACCUCAGCUGGGAGGGCUCCGCCGAGGAGCACAAGGCCCACGUGCGCAAGAAAACGGACGAGUACUUCCGCAUGAAGCUGCAGUGGAAGUCGGUGAGCCCGGAGCAGGAGCGCAGGAACUCCCUCCUGCACGGGUACCGCAGCCUCAUCGAGAGAGACGUGAGCCGCACCGACAGGACCAACAAGUUCUACGAGGGCCCCGAGAACCCGGGGCUGGGCCUGCUCAGCGACAUCCUGCUCACCUACUGCAUGUACCACUUCGACCUGGGCUACGUCCAGGGCAUGAGUGACCUCCUCUCCCCGAUCCUCUAUGUGGUUCAGAACGAGGUGGACGCCUUCUGGUGUUUCUGCGGCUUCAUGGAACUCGUGCAGGGGAACUUUGAAGAGAGUCAGGAGACCAUGAAGCGGCAGCUGGGACAGCUCCUGCUGCUCCUGAGGGUGCUGGACCCGGCGCUCUGCGACUUCCUGGACUCCCAAGACUCGGGCUCUCUCUGCUUCUGCUUCCGGUGGCUGCUCAUCUGGUUCAAGAGAGAGUUCCCCUUCCCGGAUGUCCUCCGCCUGUGGGAGGUGCUGUGGACAGGGCUCCCCGGUCCCAAUCUGCACCUGCUGGUGGCCUGUGCCAUCCUGGACAUGGAGCGGGACACCCUCAUGCUGUCCGGGUUCGGCUCCAAUGAAAUCCUCAAGCACAUCAACGAGCUGACCAUGAAGCUGAGCGUGGAGGACGUGCUGACGCGGGCCGAGGGCCUCUACCGGCAGCUGACCGCCUGCCCCGAGCUGCCCCACAACGUCCAGCAGGUCCUGGGCAUGGUGCCGCCCGCGGAGCCGCGCAGCCCCUCGCCCCCUGCCUCCCCGCUGCCGCUGUCGCCCACCCGGGCGCCGCCCGCGCCGCCGCCGCCGCCGGCAGACGCAGCCCCGCAGCCCGACAGCAGCCUGGAGAUCCUGCCCGAGGACGACGACGACGACGGGGCGGGCUCCUAACCGCGCUGGGCCAGGCCCCAGCCCCGCACAGGCACUUUACCCCGCUGCCCGCCCGCCGCGGAGCCCCGGGAGCGGAGGGACGCGGCUGCCCGCCCGGCCCGGUCCCCGCGCCCUUCUCACGGGCAGGUUCCGGUGAACUGACCGCUCCCGCGUCCGCUGGCCCGCUGCUGGGGGACCCGGCUGGGGCGGGGGUGGUGGUUUGCAGGCCGCUCGGGCCCGUGGGCGGAGCCAAAGCCUUAGCACAUGACCCCGGCCUGGCCAAUGGGCCGCGAGGGGCGGUCCCCGGCGGGCGCAGGCUCCCUCGCUUUUCCUGGGCGAGCGCGCGAUGCUCGGACUGCGGCCUAUGCUGGACGCUUCCCGGACGUGACCGCAGUGGAGGGCCCUGCCUACAGCUGUUGCUUAUGUAACAAAUAAAGUUGCCGCUGUUUAACCAC